CAAAGCCGCAUGCAUGGCCCAGUUCCAACCCAACCAAGUCGAAAGUAACACAUUUUUCAUACUCAGAAGUACAUUCCAUUCCCAUGGCUCUUUUCCGAAGGUUCUUUUACCGGAAACCACCCGAUCACCUCCUCGAGAUCUCCGACAGACUCUAUGUUUUUGAUUGUUGCUUCUCCAAGAAUGUGUUGGAGGAAGAGGAGUACAAGGUUUAUGUUGGGGGGGUCGUGGCUCAGCUACAGGAUCACUAUCCGGAUGCUUCUUUCAUGGUGUUCAAUUUCAGAGAAGGGGAUAGGCGCAGUCGAAUUUCAGACAUAAUGUCUCAGUACGAGAUGACAGUUAUGGAGUACCCUCGGCAAUAUGAGGGUUGUCCCCUUUUGCCUCUGGAGAUGAUUCACCACUUCCUUCGGUCAAGUGAGAGCUGGUUGUCCUUGGAGAGCCAACAAAACGUGCUUUUAAUGCACUGUGAAAGGGGUGGUUGGCCUGUACUUGCGUUUAUGCUAGCUGGUCUUCUGUUGUACAGGAAACAGUACAACGGGGAACACAAAACUCUUGAAAUGGUGUACAAGCAAGCACCCAAAGAACUUCUCCACCUUCUAUCCCCUUUAAAUCCACAACCUUCUCAUUUGAGAUAUCUUCAGUACAUUUCCAGGAGGCAUUUGGGUUCUCGAUGGCCUCCGUCAGAAACACCCUUAUAUUUAGAUUGCAUUAUUCUCAGGGUCCUUCCUCUGUUUGACGGAGGAAAAGGAUGCAGACCGGUUGUGCGUGUCUAUGGUCCAGACCCUUCAAAACCUUCCAACCGAAGUUCUAAGCUUCUUUCCUCCACUUCAAUGGGCCAAAAUCAUGUUCGCCACUACUUGCAGGCAGAAUGUAUGCUCGUGAAAAUUGACAUCCGUUGUCAUGUUCAAGGGGAUGUGGUUCUUGAGUGCAUACAUUUAAGUGAUGAUUUUGUUCGUGAAGAGGUGAUGUUCAGAGUCAUGUUUCACACUGCGUUUGUACGGUCAAAUAUAUUGACGCUGAGCCGCGAUGAAAUUGAUAUUCAGUGGGAUGCAAAGGAUCAGUUCCCCAAGGACUUCAAAUUUGAGGUGCUUUUUUUGGACGCUGAUGCUGUUAUGCCUAAUCUAAACACAGUCGAUGCGAGUGACACAGAAUGUGCUUCACCUGAGGCUGAGGAAUUCUAUGAAGCUGAAGAGAUCUUCAGCAGUGUAAUUGAUGUACUGGAAGGUAAGGGAGAUUACGAUUUUCCAAUGGUUCAUGACAGUGGAGUGGAUGAUGGAAGUCAUAAAGAGAUCUGGAAAGAGUAUUCAGAUCCUCAUACUUUUCUGGAUUCCGUGUUAGAUGAUGGGAUUAACCAACAGGUUGAUGAUGCGAGGUACAAGCUUGACAAGGGGGUGGUUUUAGAUACUCAUGCUGUCAAAGAUAUUGGAGUGGAUUAUGGGGUAACUUUUAUGACAAAGGAAGUCACUCUGAAUGCUCUUGAUAAAUUAGCAGUUAAGCAAAACAAAUAUGGCGAAGAUAACAACAAAACGGAACAAGACUUAGAAUCAGAACUAGGGCUGCAGGUGCUUGAUAUUUCCAGACCAAAAUCUGAUAAAUUACUUAUUUCUUCUGAAAAGACACAACUUCCUUCAAACUCAAAGCCCAUGCAAGAACCGCAUGGUUUUCAGGCAAAUUAUGCAAAACCCAAUGUAACAACUAGAUCGGUUCCUUCUAGUAAGGGUUCUCUUCAAGAUUCCAUUAAUUUCUCACAUCCACCAUCAAGGAACAAUAGUUCACCACUAACAUUGUCAUAUGUUACCUCUGAAAACAAGGAAAUCAUUGAUGCAAAAGGAAACUCUACUUCUAGUUCUCAUGUCUCUGAAGUAAUUGCUUUUAUGGACACGAUAAACGACCUGAAAAGCUGUGAUGGUGAUAACUCAAUUUCUUCAGACGCUGUACCUGAAAUAGGCUCAAACUGUCCAGUCAAAGAGACAUCUCUUCAGUUAGCUAAUCAAGCACCACAACAGAGCUAUGAUCAAAUGUUACAACUUCAUCCACCUCCACCUCCUCCUCCACCUCCAAUUUUUGGACAAAAUACCCAUUGGAAAUCUGUUGGACCUCCUUCUCCUCCCAUUGCAAAUGGUGUAAUUCCAUCAAAAGUUUCACUAGCACCACCACCACCACCUCCUCCUCCCCCUCCUUUGCAGUCUACAAAUGAACCUUCGCUUCCUUCUACCUCAAUCUCUCCAACAACGUUUAAAGCUCCACCUCCUGCACCCCGACCACCACAUUAUCCUUCACCUCCUUUAAGUAAAUCUACACGACUUCCUCCGCCUCCUUUAGGUACUGCUCCACCAGCACCACCACCUCCUCCUCCUUUAAGUGCUGCUCCACCACCGCCACCUCCUCCUCCUUCUUUAUCCAGAGGUUCACCUCCCCCACCACCGCUCCCUCCAUCAAGUAGAGCACCACCUCCACCGUCAUCUUCUUCACUGUCCAGAGCUCCACCUCCUCCACCUCCACCAAAUCGUGGACCACCACCAACAACAAUGCCUGGAGGCACAGCUCCUCCACCACCUUCAGGUGGUCGAGGCCAACCUCAUACUGGAACGCGAGCUACUCUUGCUCAUUCUCCCCAUGUACCUCUUGGUGGUGCUCCUUUUCCUUCACCAAUUGGAACUGAUACAAGAGGGAAAGGUCGGGGACUUGGACGUCCUACUGGGGCUGGUGCCAUGGGAACUCGGAAAUCCUCCUUAAAGCCUCUGCAUUGGAGUAAGGUAACAAGGGCAUUGCAAGGAAGUUUAUGGGAUGAACUACAAAGACGUGGAGAGCUUCAAAUAACACAAGAGUUUGACGUUUCAGAGAUAGAGAAGCUUUUUUCUGCAAAUGUUCCAAAACCUGCUGAUUCAGAUGGUAAAUCUGGCGGGCGGCGCAAAUCUGUUGGAUCUAAAGCUGACAAAAUCCACUUGAUUGACCUAAGGAGGGCCAAUAAUACUGAAAUUAUGCUCACAAAGGUUAAGAUGCCUCUUCCUGAUAUGAUGGCUGCAGUACUGGCUAUGGAUGAUUCAGUGUUAGAUGUUGAUCAGGUGGAAAAUCUCAUUAAAUUUUGUCCAACCAAAGAGGAGAUAGAGCUUUUAAAGGGAUACACCGGUGAUAAGGAGAAUUUGGGGAAGUGUGAAAAGUAUUUUUUAGAGCUGAUGAAAGUGCCAAGAGUGGAGUCAAAACUUAGAGUAUUCUCUUUCAAAAUUCAGUUUGGGACUCAGAUUACAGAAUUUAAGAAGAGUUUACACACAGUCAACUCUGCUUGUGAAGAGGUCCGAAACUCAUUCAAACUAAAGGAGAUCAUGAAGAAAAUUCUUUAUUUGGGUAAUACAUUGAAUCAAGGAACAGCAAGGGGAUCUGCUAUUGGAUUCAAGUUAGACAGUCUCUUAAAACUAACUGACACUCGUGCUUCAAAUAGUAAAAUGACACUCAUGCAUUUUCUUUGCAAGGUCCUAGCUGAAAGGUUUCCUGGACUCCUUGAUUUUCACCUUGACCUUAUUAGCUUGGAAGCAGCCACUAAGAUACAAUUGAAGUCAUUAGCAGAAGAAAUGCAAGCAAUCAUCAGGGGAUUAGAAAAGGUCAAACAGGAGCUGGCUGCAUCUGAAAACGAUGGCCCAGUGACUGAAGUUUUUCGUAAGACAUCGAAGGAAUUCAUUGCUGUUGCAGGGUCAGAGGUGGCAUCUGUAACAAACCUAUAUUCUGUGGUGGGAAGAAAUGCAGAUGCACUUGCCCUAUAUUUUGGUGAGGACCCUACCCGCUGUCCUUUCGAGCAAGUUACUGCAACUCUCUUGAAUUUCACAAGGUUGUUUCUGAAGGCACAUGAAGAGAAUUUCAAACAAACAGUGUUAGAGAAAAAGAAAGCUGAUAAAGAGGCUGAAAUGGAGAAGGCUAAAGGCAUUAACUUCAUAAGGAAGAGUGGAAAAGAUGAAGAAGAAAGUUGAGAAGGUGGCUGAAGUGUAGAAGACUAAGGGUAUUCACUUCAGUAGAAAGAGGGCAAAGAUAGUUGAAGACUUGUCUGCUCAUUUGCACCAACGUCAUUCUGAAGCUAAAGAGCAGAGAUCUACCAGUGGGUAGUAAGGGGACUGCUUCCGAUUUUGAGUUAAGUAGCCCACUUGGUGUGACAAUUAGCCUUUCAAGGUGAUCUAAUGAAGUGAAAUGGCACAUUCUUUCCAUCUAUGAACAUACAGAAAAGUCUUGGGAGUGGAUUUAUUGAUGACAUCUUGAAUCAAAUUUUUGUUGAUCAUUCACAGAAGAAUACUCGGGAAAGGCCAAUCUAGACCGAGCAUGAAUGCUUCUCUGAUCACUUGAGAAUCAUCGGAAUCCAGUGAAUGCCAUGAUAAUGGAUCUGAUCUUAAGAUUUAAUAAGAAAUUUUGAAGUCCGCCAUGCUUCUGCUAGAGUAGACCAGGCUUUGGUUUUUAUCAUUCAUUUGGCAUUUUUCCAUCACCAAAGCCUAUGUCGAACCAUGAAAAAACCUUGUACAAAGUUUGAACCCUCAUCUCUGGGAUUCAAUUCUUCUCAUGUAAAAUAGAAAGUAGCUUCCCUUCUUCCUUUUAAUAUAGAUUUUAGUAGACACCCCAAGAGCAUGUUGUAAGCUGUCAGGUUAAGAAAAGAAAAGAAUUAGAAAUAAGGUCUCUGUAUUGUAAUUGUAUGACAAGCCUGAGAUAGGAAUCCUAGUUUCAGUUAUCUUUUGUAAUGCAAUACAUAUUAGUGAAAAAGCUUCUUGUUGCAUUCAGUUA